CCGGCUCCGAGCGCUGCGCCGCGGCCAGGCAGCGCCCGUGCUCGUCCGCCCGGGCCACCAUGGCCGACGACUUCGGCUUCUUCUCGUCGUCGGAGAGCGGCGCCCCGGACGAGGACCCCGCCGCCGCCUUCCUGGCGCAGCAGGAGAGCGAGAUCGCCGGCAUCGAGAACGACGAGGGCUUCGGGGCGGCCGACGGGGGCCCGGGGCAGGCCCCGGACCUGGGGGCUGAUUUUGAGGACGUGGGGGCCACUGUGAACGGUGAGGUCUUUCAGGAAUCCAACGGCCCCACAGAUGGUUAUGCAGCCAUCGCCCGGGCUGACAGGCUGACCCAGGAGCCCGAGAGCAUCCGCAAAUGGCGGGAGGAGCAAAAGAAACGGUUGCAGGAGCUGGAUGCUGCUUCGAAGGUGAUGGAGCAGGAAUGGCGUGAGAAGGCUAAGAAGGACCUGGAGGAGUGGAAUGUGCGUCAGAGCGAGCAGAUGGAGAAGAACCGAGUUAACAACAGGAUUGCUGACAAAGCAUUUUACCAGCAGCCGGACGCCGAUGUGAUCGGCUACGUGGCCUCGGAGGAAGCCUUCCUGAAGGAGUCCAAGGAAGAAAACCCCGGCACGGCGUGGGAGAAGGUGGCCCAGCUGUGUGACUUCAACCCCAAAAGCAGCAAGCAAUGGAAGGACGUGUCGAGGAUGCGCUUGGUGCUCAUCUCCCUCAAGCAGACGCCCCUAUCCCGCUAGCCACCUGCCCAGCACGACUAAAGAGCGGGGGGGCGGGGGAAGCCAGUGGGCUCGCUGGACAGGCACAGCAGGUUCAGUCGGACGCCAGCAAGGGGCACUGCUGCCCCUGCCUCUGCUCCGUUUGCUCCCUGGUGUGCGUGGCUGGUUUGGUUGGGUUGCUGGUUGUAACCGUCCCAAUUUUCCUUUGCUUAAAGGGUGCAUUGGUCUCUCUUUACACUUAUUUAUUACCAUGGUGGUUCCCUGGGCAGCAGGGCUGGUCUCCCUCCCCCACUGCCUCUGGGGUGGGGAGCUCGAUGCCGACAGGCCUGGCACAGGCCUCUGACACUGCGAGAGAUCCUGGGGUCUCCUUGCCGUCCCUCACAUCAGCUCUCCCAUCUCUGCCUCAAACCCAUCCAGCUUCUCCCCCUGGGGCAGAGAGCUGAGCCAGUCCGAUGGAGCAGACCCAGCCGCCUCCUGCCUGAGAUGCUUGGCCACCGCACUGGGUGAGUGGGAUGAGAGGAAGUAUUGUCUAGUAUCCUAGCAUGGGGCUGGGAGCCAGGACUCCUGGGUUCUAAUCCCAACUCCUCAUGGGACCCUGGUCCUCGUGUGUCUGCCUGUAACGGGGGUUGACGCUGCGCUGCCUGCAGGGUGGCUGAGACAGUGGGAGGGGUAGGGCCGGUUCAUGGCUGCACAGGUGUGACAUUGGCUGGAGGCAGCGGCUGCCAGGGAAAAAGGAGAAUCUCAGUCAGGGGCACUCCGGGGGGGCAGAGCUGAGAGCAGGCAGGAGUAUCUAGGUCUGGGAGGUAGCAACCCCCAGCUCCUCCUCCACUGUUAGCAUGUCUCUGGCAUUGCAGUGGCUAACCCUGCCCUGGGGAACUCUCUGCCGCAGGACAGUGCUGAGGCUGAGCUCACAGGAUUGGGCAUGUGGCUGGCUAAGGGGAGAGGGUAAGGACACAUUGAUGAGUUUGACAAGUCAGGUCAGGGCUCAGGAGACAUCUCCCCUAUGGGAGCUUAUUCCACCACUGCUCGUUAGGGAACUUCUUGUUCUGGAGCACCUGCUACUGGCCUAGCACGGAGACAGGAUACCAGGCUAGAUGCUGCUCUGGCACUUCCUCUGCUCCUAAGUGAACCUGGCUGGGAGGGGAGUGCUGAACUCAAGCAGAGCUGCCCCUGCCCUGCUGCAGGGGACACAGGCUGAGAUCCCCGUUUGCGCUUGACCAGGGAGAGAGAACCCCUGCCCACCCCUGCAUGGACUUGAUACUCCCCAAGGAAAAACCCCAGCUCUGGCGUUGGGACUCUGCCCUGCCUCUGAGCAACUGAUGGGCCCUGGAAAAGUAAUGGGAGGAUCUGGGGUGGGGGACAGGUACCGGCUGAGGCAGCCUGGCCUAGGGGCUUGUGGCUGCACGUCGUCUUGCUGCUGUUUCUUCUGUCUCACCCCUGGCCUGCCAGCUAAAGGGACUCCACUUUCCUCCCCGAGCGAUGCCUUUGGAGGAGGGGGCUCAGCUUCCUCCCCAAGCACCUUCUCACUUGCUCUGUCAAUAGGUGCUUGGUGGGGCCAAGGCAGCACAGGGAGCCUAGAGCCCAGAACCCAUCUGCACUCAGGAGCAGACAGGCACGCUAGACCCACUUCACCCUGGGCCGCCGUCCUGACCGCAUUUGCCUGGGGCAGGGACUGGGUCAGGUGUAGUGCAGCGUAGCACGCCUCACGGGGACCUCACGCAGGGCAUGCAGCUUGGUGUGCUGGGUGGGGAGAGCAGGCUGGGAGGAGAUGCUGGCAGGGAGCUCAGGGCAAAGUCCAUAAAGCCAGGAGCCCCUUCAAGCCAAUGGGGUGAGGCACAGGGGAACCUCUUUCCCUUGCAGACCUAGCCCUGCCCAUAGCUGCUAUGGGGCCCCGCCUGACUCUGCCCCAGCUUAGUCCUGAUGUGCGUUAGCCCUGCUGCUCAGGUGGGUUAGGCCAGGUUUAAGGCUGCGGCUCUUGGCAGGAGGAUGCAGCUGCUCCGAGAUGCCAGGCCGGGAUUCCCUGCUCCAGGACCCUGAUAGCGGCAGAGCAGCAGCCUGAAACUGGGCCUAGCUCCUGCCCGAAUGGAGGGUGGGUUUGACUUUUCAUGCCAGUGACGCCUCCUUUCACAGGCUGUGCUGGCCACUCCCAGGCUUCUUUGCUGGGCAGGUCUGUUAAUUACUGUGUGAGUCAGCAGCUGAGGGUGGUAGCCCAGCCUCUGCAGGCAUGGGGAGCCUAAACAGCCCAGCUAGCCCAAGGGAGAGUCCCCCUACCCUGCCUUGUACAGGAAGCAUGGCCUGGGUCCCGCACUCAUUUCUAGCAGGGAGCAGGACCCCAGGGUGGGAGCUGGUACUGCUGCUUUACAGACAAGGGCCCAGAUCCUCCAUCCCAGGUGGCAGCUCUGGCUGUUCUGUGUCCCCCCAGCUUUGGUAUAUGUGACCUCAUACAAAUAAACUGACAUGACUCCAACCCA